AUGUACAAGAAGCCGUUGAUGAAGAGCGGAAGAAAAAAUGGUAUUCUGGGAACAUUCUUUUUUUGGUCUGUCAUGUAAAUAAAAGUAUCAUUUUCAUGCAGAAGUAAAUGUCUUCCUCGUGGCACGACCCUCGUCGUAUCAGACCAGGGCCUUGCGAAUGAAAACAAAACACAGACACGUCGGCUCAGCAGUGCAUGGCGACGUGCAGAAACACAAAGAUUCCGAUUUUUACACCGAAACUAUCCUGGAUGAACAGAGAUUUACAUCGAGAGCUAUUAUCCAACAAAAAUGCGGGUAAGUACAGUUGUCGAUGUCCACCUUUGUCAUGUGUAGUUUUCCUGCAUGCUAAAUCUCUCUAGCUCUUUUAGUUCGGGGUAUGAAACUACAAAUGGAAAUGCUUCUACUUGCACGACCGGUUUUCAAAUUUUUUCCGAAUUAGAUGUCGAGAAACUUCUGUGUAAAUCACGACCAUCAGGUACAUCAAUUCCGCGACUUUUUUUUGAACAGCGUCAUCGAACAGUUUGGGCUACAACAGCAGUGGUUGCGAAAUGCUUCACAGAGUCAGUAGAAAUUCAUUAUAUCCUGUGUGAAAUUCAUCUCCCCUCCGUGACCACUCUCUAUCAACAUGUUGGAUAUCAUGAACGUCACUCAAGGUCAAACUUGAAACAAAUGGCAUGCAGUUCUCCCUUAUUCGCAUGAAAAGUAGUGGAAGUGGUGGUGGUCAAGGUCUUCAGAGGUGGAUUUCCAUAAAUGAUAAUCCUGAGUUUCAAAACGAGUAAUGGGGUUAGAUCGACAAGUACUAAACCAGUAAUGCGAGGUCAUCAUUUUGCGAGCAAAGCCGAUUCUACAACCGGACAAGUGCAGGGCUAUUUUUCGGAAAAGACGAAACCGGUAGUACCGGAGGGGGCUGACCCAGGUAGAGUUUGUUUUAGAUUCUUGUGUUUUGUCAUGCCCAGAAUGCGUGCUCAACAACAUUCACGCAAGAUGUCAUGCAAAUGA